AUGGCAAAAUCAACCGAAAAGGAGCAUGACGAAUAUGCACCAACUCCCAUCGACUCAAGUCUUAUGCACAUAGCAGAGCAUGUUUCAUAUGGGCCAGAUGGCCUUCGGGGGCUCAUUGGUUCCAAGUAUGUCUGCUGGGCUGCAUUUCUGGCCUCCCUCGGCGGCUUCUCUUUUGGCUACGACCAAGGUGUAAUGUCGAUCAUCAACGUCAUGCCUCAGUUCCACCAAAAGAUUCCCCAAACAGAAUCCGCUUUCGGCAAAAGCUUUAUGACCGCAAUGUUGCAACUUGGAUCCUUUUUCGGCGUCCUUGUGUUCCCCUGGAUUGCGGAUAAGAUUUCCCGGAAGCGCGCAAUUUUGUUAGUUGUUGUUAUCUUCACUAUUGGAGCAAUCUUACAGACCGCAUGCGAAAACUAUGUUACUUUAGUCGUUGGUCGUGCGAUUGGUGGAAUUGGUGUCGGUACACUGGCCAUGGGUGCCCCACUUUAUAUUUCUGAGAUUUCUCCCCCAAACCUCCGCGGCACUCUUCUAGUCCUCGAGUCGAUUUCCAUUGUAACUGGAGUCGUCAUUGCUUUCUGGAUCACCUUUGCCACCCGACAUAUGGCUGGCGAGAUUUCUUUUCGUCUUCCCCUCGGUCUUCAGAUGGUAUCGGCCAUAAUCACGGGUGUAGGUCUUCAAUUCUUCCCAUACUCACCUCGUUGGCUGGCCCUAGUCGAUCGAGAUGAAGAAUGCCUCCAAUCCCUCUGUAAACUCCGUCGCCUUCCACCGACUGAUUCCCGUGUCCAAACUGAAUACCGUGGUAUCCUGGCCGAGGUCAAAUUUCAGCGUUCUCUCCAGGAACGGAAACACCCUGGUGUCCAUGGCGUAAAGCUCGAAAUGCUGCAAUGGGUCGAUCUAUUCUCUCGAAAGCUUUGGCGCCGAGUCGCUGUCGGUGUUGGCGUCUGCUUCUUUCAGCAGUUCAGCGGUAUAAACGCCUUCAUCUAUUAUGCGCCAACCCUCUUCGAGUCAAUUGGACAAUCUAGUGAAAUGGCACUAAUUCUCUCGGGGAUUUUCAAUGUUCUUCAGAUCGUUGCAGUCGUCAUCUGCUUCUGCAUCAUCGACAAAGUUGGACGACGUCCGCUUGCCAUAUUUGGCGGCUUCGGCAGUGCUGCAUGCUACCUUGUUAUCGCUAUCUUGUCAGGCAUUUAUGAAAAAGACUGGGCUUCUCACAAAGCUGCGGGUUGGGCUUGCGUCGCAAUGGCUUUCGCAUUCAUCAUGGUCUAUGGAGUCUCAUACUCACCUCUGGGCUGGGCAUUACCUCCUGAGGUCUUUCCAACAUCCUGUCGAUCACAUGGUGUUGCAUUGGCGGUGGCAGUGAAUUGGCUGUCAAACUUCAUCAUUGGAAUUGCUGUACCUCCAAUGAUCGAGUCCAUUCACUACGGGGCCUACAUUUUCUUCUGCUCUUUCUGUUUUUUGGCUGGAGUGUGGGCCUACUUCCUUGUCCCAGAAACAAUGGGCAAAACAUUGGAAGAAAUGGACGAGGCUUUCGGCGACCGCGCUUCAGCGGAGGAUAUAGAUGUUUUGGAGGAUGCGGUAGAGUACGCGAGAAGAAGAAGCUCGGUUCAAGGCGGGGCUGCCGUGGCAUGA